AUGUCCCCAGUGACUAAUCCUCAAGAUGUACUCAUACACCUCCGACUUCUGAAACGAGUAGAAGAAUCGCGUAUGCUUGCGCAUGAGAUAUGGCCAGGAGAAAAACAGGAAGCUCCAACUUUCAAAAUCGCCGUUGCUAGCGUCUACGAGUCAGACCUUCACGAUGAGCUUAAAUCCACCAUCUCUGACAAAGGAAUGGAGAUUCUGUUUGGGGAUACGUUUAGAACGAGGGAUGGGUACUACGCCUUGGACUUGUUUCGGGUUAUUGCUUCUCAUGACCUUGAAGAAUUCUCAAAUGUGCUUAAAGCUGCAAUCACUGAUAUUGAGAGAGCAAAUAGGGAUAUUGACUUGGGGGGUCUAGUUAUUGGAGAAAACAUCUCUUCUCAUGUGUAUCAAGGUACACUCCAUUCUAAAGAAGUUUGUGUAAGAGAGUUGCAAACCGAUCGAAGCCUUUGGCAACCAUCACGGUUUUGGAAAAAAAUGAAACUGUUCAGUGGACUUGGUCAUCCCAACGUGGUACGAUGUCUUGGUGCCAACACACAAGGCACCGACUUGAAAAUAAUCACAGAGUACAUGCAUGGUGGAACCCUCUUUCACUACUUGCAACGAAAUCAUUGUGUUUUGACUCUCUCUCAACGGUUGAAGAUGGCCAUUGAUGUGUGUAAAGGAAUCGAGUUCCUGCAUGCGAACAUGAUCAUACACAGAAAUCUGAACUCUAUGAAUCUUCUCUUGGAUGAGAAUAAUGUUGUCAAGGUUGAUGUUGCUGCUGCUCUGUACCUCUUGUGGGCUGGGAAGAAUACCACCCCUGAAUUGGAAGCUAUGUUGUUGAGAAUUCCUACUCCUGAGCAAAAUAACACCAAAAUCAGAACAUGGUACAGAUGGACAGCACCGGAAGCAAUGAACGAAGAGAAAUAUGGUGAUAGAGCAGAUGUGUAUAGCUUUGGACUGUUGUUGUGGCAUCUGAUAACAGCUAAGCUACCGUAUGAUCAUUUAGAUAACAUAUCCCCUUGCCUAGCUGCACAACGUGUUAUAGGGGGAGAAAGGCCAGCAAUACCAGAAAAUAUGAAUCUAAAGCUCAAAAUCAUUGUAGAAAACUGCUGGAAUGAAGACCCAUUUUUCAGGCCUAGUAUAUCUCAAGUGAGUACAACAUUGCACACACUGCUCUCAACAGUUAAUGAGCCAAAGCAUGAGCCAGAGCCAGAAGCAGAGUUUGUAUCAGCUAAUCCUAUUCCUACAGAAUCAGUCUACAACAUCUCACCCUACUUUGCCGCUAGCUAAUCUAUACAGCUGUUUAGCUGAAGCUGACACCGAAUAAA